AUGGGUUCAAAGUAUCGUCCAGUUCCUGAAGAUGAGGAGCAGCAAACUUAUGAGAAGAACGCUCUCUUGUCACCUCUGCCCAUUUACACCAACAUCUCGCCCUUCAUUUCACAACCAGGCGCACAUCCAAUCUUGAUAUGGAUAUGUCAUGGCGUCUUACUCUCCUUCUCAUUGGCGUUCUUCGCCCUUUCAUUACUGCUUCGCGCCAGUCCUUUACAAAGUGGCGUUUGCAAUCAGCCAAAUUUCCCUUACUCUCCCGCAGAAAGUGUUGCAGACUUCCAUACGGUCCGAUACAAUAUCACUCCAGCCCUCGAGAUGUCCGAGUUUGUCGGAUACGGGCCCGAAGUUGACAAAGCGUGGAACCAUGUCACAUACGACGUCGGUGAUCAAAUGAUUUCAAAAGCUGAGCUUGACAAAUUGGGUCUUGACCCCCAAUCUCUGAAGGUCAAGGAUCCCAAGACAGGGCAUACGGGCUAUCGCGUCGGAAUCCAAGUAUUCCAUCAGCUUCACUGUCUGAACUUGCUUCGACAAGACACCUACAGGGAUUACUACUCCAAGAUGGGUGGCGAUAUCGAGGUUGAGCCUGAAGACUUGAGAGGACAUCUUGAUCACUGCAUCGAGAUUCUGCGAAACAACAUAAUGUGCCAGAGCGACACUGGUGUUUUCGCAUUCAAGUAUUACGAUGGCUAUGAUGGUCACUGGCCUGAUUUUAGCACGCUGCAUACAUGUCGGAACUUUGAUGCCAUUCGAGACUGGGCGUUUGAGCAUGCUGUUGUAUUUGGGGAUGAGGACUGA